UUUCAUCUUUCUUUACUAUUUUCACUGAAGAAAAAUAGUUGCAUUCAUAGUCUGGAUUGAUUCGGAUUGUAAUUACCAAGCUCUUUUGCCUAUACCAACUUUAUACAACUGAGUAUACUCCAUCCACAACAGUAUACUUCACCAUGAUUGAAGCCAUCGACACAGCAAUGAAGACCAAAACUCAUCCUCUGCCGCCCACGACGGCUCCAACGUCGGUGGCGCCCAUUCCCACCGUGAUCCCGGGCACGCCGUUCUUCCAGGAGCUCCAUUCGACGGGGCAUCGCACGUUGUGGGUGGUAACCGUCCUCAUGGCCAUCUCGUCUGUCGUCUUCUACGUUCUCGCUGCGCGUGUACCGCUGCCCAGACGAGUCUUCCACACCAUCACCUCAAUCAUAACAACCAUCUCCUUCAUCAUCUACCUAGCAAUGGCAACCGGUGAAGGCACAACCUUCAAGCACGACAUCCUGCGGCACGCCAACAAGCACGUCCCGGACACGCACGACGACAUCUUCCGGCAGGUCUUCUACCUCCGCUACAUCAACUGGUUCCUGACGGAGCCGCUCCUGCUGUUCAACCUGUCUCUGGUCUCCGGUCUUCCAGGCGCGCACCUGCUCACCGCCGUGGCAGGCGACUACGUCAUGCUGGCGUCGGGUCUGCUGGGCACGUUCGCGGGCCACACCGCGCGCCGCUGGGUGUGGUUCACUAUCAGUGCGAUUGGCUACCUGGUCACGGUUUAUCAGAUUGGGGUGAAUGGAUCACGUGCGGCUAGACGCAAGGAUCCGCAGACGAAGCGCCUUUUUGGCUCGAUGGCUGGGGCGACCUUGUUGGUUAGGGCGCUGUAUCCUGUUGCUAUUGCGGGUGGCGCUCUGGCGCUGAAGCUCGGUGUCGAUACAGAGAGUGUGCUCUUUGCUAUCCUUGAUAUCUUCAAUCAGGGUAUUGUCGGGUAUUGGUUGUUGUUGUCCCAUGAUAGCACUCCUGAGAUUGCCACGUACAUCGACGGCUUCUGGUCCAACGGGAUCGGCAAUGAGGGUGCAAUCCGGAUUACCGAGGAAGACGGAGCUUAAGCUUGACAACGUGGCUGUUGAGCAGGAUGGGGUUGAUCAGUGUAGGGUAGGUACCUACAGUACACUGAGGAUGAAUAACGAAGACAGUACAAAGGACAGAAGUAGCCAACAUCAAGUUCGAAAAGUGAUUCGACGGAAUUCUUAAGGAACAUUGUCGACGGUGGAGAGUUGAGUCAAGGCAACUGGAAAAUAGGGAGUACAUUCGAUUAGGGACAGUAUGUAAUGGCAUGAUUCGUUUGUGUAAUUAAGUAGCUAGUUGCUAUAUUAUUCUGAUAUUUGAUAAUGAUGAGAGUAUCAACCUGCA